AUGGUGAGCUCAUGCAUCGACUCCGUCAUGCUGAGAAGGAGCUUGAUAUGCACACUAACAUGGGCAGCAGAGUUCUUGGGAAGAUUUCCGCCUCCAGUUUAUCACGAUGAAGAUGGAAUUGCCAAUGUACUUGCUAUGCACCAGAUGAUUGCUGCAGGAAACCGCAUUACUAUGGAUAAUGAUGCCGACAAUUCUUUUAUUGUGCAUUGUGAUGGAAACAGAAAGAUGCAAUUUGUGAAUUAAUGGAUAUCUGGACUUGAGAUGACCUCCAAAAUGGCAACCGUUCAAAAGAAUAAGGAAGGAUUCACUCCAAGACAAGUCAAGGCUGCAAUGGAAGCAAGAAGUGCGAUGCACAUACUCAAUGCUCCAAGCACCAAAAGUCUGAAGUAUGCAAUCCGAUCUGAUCUCAUCAAGAAGUGUCCUAUCACUGAAGAAGCAAUCAAUCAUCCCAAUACAUUGAAAGGCAAGUCAGCAAGACCAACUCUGAAGAAGACGUACGAUGACUUCUUCAGUCCACCAGAGGAAUUGUAUCAACAUAAUCAAUCUAUUACCGUCUAUAUUGAUCACAUGGAGAUCGAGAAUGCUAAGUUUCUCACCUGCAUUGAUACCACUGUGCAUUAUCGCUCAUGUAUUCAUGUGCAGAACCUGAAGACUGACCCUGUAUUUGAAGCAUUGGAUAAGAUAUUCCGCCGCUACAACAAGGCAGGCUUUCAAGUCAAGAUCAUCAAGUGUGAUUGGGCUUUCAUUCCUCUCACGGAUGAUAUGCUAGACAAUAUGGGUGUUACUAUUGACCUGACUGCAGCUGGAGACCAUGAGCCUACUGCUGAGAGAAAGACAUCUGAAACAGUAGGUUUUAAGAAGGACCCCUGCUUUGCCCGGGCUUAUAGAAAUGAAGUCUGCAAGUCUGUUGAUGAGAUUGACUUUAGAGACUCCCGUGUGUUCCAAGCUAAUCACCAUGCCAAUCCCCUUCCAGUUGGGGAUUCUGUAAGCGAUAUCACUAGCCCUACUGAUAUUAUGCCAGGCUUUGAACCUGACGGUGGAUCAGAAGAAGACACUGCUGCCAUGGAAGAAGAAAACGACAAGACAGAAAAGAAGAAGGGGUCAUUUGGAAUGCUUCGGGAAGCCACUCUGUUGGCUGAUUUUCAGGAGUUUGUUUCAAAGACUCUUUUUGCCCAUUAUUCUGCUCCAGAAAGCAAGCUUAGCAACCAACAAAUCAACAGCCAGACAUGCCCAUCUAAACUUCCACCUCAAGUAUCUCAGGAAGGGCUGAGGAAUUACAUCCACUCCCGUCUCAACGACAAUUUGGAUCCUAGUUUUCAAACAGAAGAUGAUGGAGAAUCUGUCAACUUUGAGUAUGAUGAUGACCAUGAGGAGGAGGAAUCCAGAGAACUUUCCAUAGAGUCAGAAGCAAGGAACAAUCCAAAUGGGUCCUUUGUAAUGGAUCUUGAUGUAGGAUCCCAGUAUGGGGCUAACUACCUUCCUAAUGAUAUUACAUUGCCAACUAUUAAUUUUGAAGUUGAUGAUCCACAUGCCCCCCAACCACCUCUUCACAACAUCCCCAAUCCUGAUUCUUCCAACUACCUAUUGGACCGACUGAAACAAGAAGAGUACAACAGGGAAUUCAUGCCACCAUCUAUCAGCACCCAAAUGGAAGCUGACCUUCACCUCCUUUGUCUCGCAAGAAAACACGGAUGGUCAGCCUCCUCUGUUUCUGACAUUCAAGCAUGGGCCCACAAAGGGACCAAGAAAGAGCCUAAUCUUUUUUCUGUCCGACCUGACCACUUGUCUCUUUAUCCGCUCAUUCUUGGAUUGUGUAUCAAUCGAUCGAUCAAUCGAUCAAUCGAUCAAUUGAAUGAGCUUCUGACAAACCAAGAUGUGACGGGUCCCAACGGUGAGAAUAUCUCCUUGCCCCAUCCAACCAACCCCUUCAAGUUCAGACCAGAUCCCCAAGACAAACCCGAUUUUGUCAGUGAAAUGCAUCAUGGCACCUGGUGGCGUGACACCAUGGAAAUGAAGUGUGAUGAGGGCAAAAGGGAAAUGCUGGUGCCCAUCAUACUGUAUGGGGAUGAAAUCACCACGGACAAGCAAGGAAAGCUAACAGCCUGUCCCUUCAACUUGACACUUGGAAUAUUGGACACUGACACCCGAAAUAAAGAGCAAGCCCAUACCACAUUCUUCUACUACCCCGAUCCUACUGUGGAGCUUGCUCAUCAUAAGAAAAAAGCAACCGCACAUGACAAAAUGGUAAACCUUCAGAACAGCCUUGCAGUGGCACUGGCCGACAUCACUAAAUGGACCAACAGUGAUCAAGGACUACGUUGGAAGCUCAAGUACAAUGGAGAAGAAUUCCAGGUCAACAUGAAAUUCUCCGUUGCCUUCCUCAUUGGUGAUACUGACAUGCAUGACAAGCUUUGUGGUAAGACAGGUGGUAGCCAAACCCAUGGCAUGAAGUCUCAUUGUCGGCAUUGCAAUUGUGCAACCAAGGAUCUUGUAAGCCCCAAGGAGAAGCAUACUUGGAUCCUGUUUGAUCCCAGCAAGGUAGAUCCCACAUUGGAUGGACACACUGCUGAAUACUUUAGCAGUAUAAGCCACAGCAUUGUGAACAACGCCUUUGAUCCCAUCUGCUUUGGUGUGAAUUUCCGCAAAAUUCAUUGGGGAACUCCAGCACAAACACUGCACAUGCAUCAAAAAGGGGGGAUGGUGCGGGUUUUAGAAUCUGAUCCCUCUCUUGCAGCUAAGGCCGAAUUUAAAAGGUGGGUGAAGAAAACCUUGGAAAGUCUGGACAUCAUUGGCCAUCAAUAUGGGGCCUGUCUUGGAAGGCAAUCGGAUCGCAAGAAGCCCAGGACCAAAUUCAAUAACUCAUUGUUUGACAAGACCAAGAAAUGUGGACACGAGCAGGCUGGUUUUUGUUUGUGCUUGUACCUUGCUAUGAUAUCUGACCAGGGCCGAUUUAUCAUGCUCCUGGAGCGUACCAUGUAUCCCACUUUUUACAAGGAUCAGGUGGGUGCCUUUGAGUUAGUCUUGACAAUGGAGCAAUGGCUGAAGAAGAAAAAGUACCUGGCAAGGCAUGCCCUUAACCCAGAAGGACUGGGGAAGGUCUUUGACUAUUACACUGAUUGGAUAAGGGAGACUACCUUUCAAAAAGGCAUGGGGGCUCUCUUGAUCAAGAAUCAUCUGAUGCUUCACGUCCCCCUCUACAUGUUGCACUGGGGGCCUCCUUGUGGAUGGGAUUCUGGUCCCAGUGAACGGGCUCACAAGACUGAGCAGAAGCAACCAGCACAAAGAACCCAAAGACGGCAGCACAGCUUUGUCAAACAAUUGACUGCAAGGUACAGCGAAAUGAGACUGAUAGCCCUUGCAGCUCGUUUUUUCUUCAUGAGGAGCCCCCAGAGAAUGAAUCUAGAUUGGAACCAAGAGCCAUUGAAGGAUGGGGGAGUUGCCCCUGGUGGUGCCAGGUUUUCUCUAGGGUUCAGCAAAACAGGACCAGGAAUGAAGUGGCUUGAUGGCAGCAAAACUAAAGCAAACUACCUUCAAGAAGUUAUCAAUCUUGUCUUUGAGAAGCUGUUGCCUCUUGCAGACAGUGACAAGAUCAAGGGUUUCUCUGAGGUUAAGAAGGCAAUUGACUCUGAGCCAAUUUGUUUCAGGGCCCACCCCAACUACAGAUCCAAAUCUCGGCAAGUCACUGACACUUGGCACGACUGGGCAAAGUUUGUUGCGCCACAUCAUGGGGAUGCCCACACUCCCGGACAAAUCCUAAUGUUCAUCAGGAUGCCCUUCACAAAUGAUGAGGUGAUCCACAAUGGGAUCCGGCUCCAAUCCAAACAAGUGCAUGCUGUUGUGAACCUUUUUGUGGAUCCGUCACGGCCACCAUUUCCCAACUUUGAUACUCCAAUUGUGAAAUGGGGAAAGACAGAGGAAGGAAGCAUGUUCUUUUUUUGCAGUUGA